AUGAUAGAAGCUAUUGCAUACAUGAGUAUUGUCAAACCAUUGACACUAGAGUCCGAGCAAAGUAAUAGAAAUGCUACACGUUUAGAAGGUUCCAAGUAUUGGACUGCAGACCAGCCAUACAAGUACCAACCACACUGGACACGUCUUCCAAGUGGAAAAGUUAUCGUCACGAAAGACUCGAAUGCAAGCAUGUUCACGAAAUAUCGUAGCGCAGUUGAAACGAAAACGCCGUGGAUUUCGAAUUGGGUUUUGUCAGCUGAAGGUCGUCGUACUAUGAAGAAGGAGAUACCACGAUUGCUUUUGUACAAUCUUGUGUCUCCUAUGGAUUAUGGAAAUUCUGUACGGUCUGGAAAUGUACGUCGUCGUCGCAAUAAAGCGUUUGGAAUGUUUUUCACUGAUAAUUUAGCACUUCCUCUUGUCAAAUCUCUUGGUCACGUAGCUCUUAACGUAUUCCAGAAUCAUUACGUUGACUAUUUCAAAGAUCAAAUGUUUGCACAACGUUUACAGAUGAUGAAUUCGAGUGAAUUGAUCCAAGCGUUUAAUCUAAGCUUGUCGAAAGAGAUGAUUCAAAGCAUAAUGCACGAAGAGACUCGAGUCAAUACAACGUUGCAGUAUGCUAUUCGAAUCAAUAUUAUACUAUCGAUGACAACUUUACGAUCCCAACUUUUCCAGCUGACAGUUAUCCGUGGCUAUGGUCUUCACAAAUUGACGUAG